AUGCAAUGCACUUCUACUAGCCAAUAUACAGGUAGCAAAGCAUCAGAUGCUGAUAUGUCUAAAAAAGAAGAAACAUUCGACCAGAUACUGGUACAUCAGAGAAAGAGCAAACAUCCCAGAAAAUUCCCUGGGAAAGAGAUCAGUCUGUUGCCAAGUGUUGAAGAAGUCGAGAAGUGGAAGAGAAAUGAUGUUACAACUUACUUGAACACAAUGAAAGAAAGUCUAGACCUUGACGACAAAGAUAUUCAGAAAAUCACAGAUCAAAAAGUUGCAAGUCUAGCCUUCCUUCGUUUAACUGCAGAAAAACUUAUAUCCUCACCUUACAAUCUUCCUGGUGGUCCGGCCGAAGAGCAAGCUCCUGCCACCCAAGCUAUACAACUACAGCUUGAAACAGAAAAGCGCAAAAGAGUGGAAACUGAAUUAUCAAGGGUUGAAAUCGAAUUAUUAUUGGAACGGGAAAAAAGGCUUCGUGUUGAUGUUGAACACAAAGCCUCGAUAUAUUAUUAUGAAAGUAUUUUGUACGCAACAACCCACGGCCUCGCUAGAAUGUGGGAACAAAUGAAUCCAAUACACCGUCAAAUGCUAUGGUUUGGACCUGCAAUAGAACCACUCAUGUUCGACCAACCACCGACAGCUGUGGACAGCCAUCAGUUAAAGUUUCUCGACGGAAAAGCUCCCGAUAGCGCUAUUCAUACUAAAGGAUAUUCUUUAACUUCGCAUACAGUAGAGGCUAUAGGUGAGAUAAAAUGUCGAGGAAAUUGCUUCACAAACACCUAUCAAGUGCAAGUCCUACGGUAUGCCAUACUCAUUUUGAACCAUCAGAAGAACCGGAAUCAGAUCACGGGAUUCUUGACGAAUUGUCAUCACAUUAUGUUUAUUGAAGUUUCCAGGGAAGUGAAUGACCGUCUGUACAGUAUAUCUUAUUCCAGUCAGAUGAACUUGAGUAACCAAAUCACCACCCGGUAUCUACGAGGGCUUCUUAGUACAAUACAGUACCACCCAACCACAGGUCUAAAAGUGGAUUUAGAUGACAUGAUUGCAUCUACGCCCACCUCUACUAUAUUUAGCGUCGUCGACAAUAAAAAUGCAGUUGUCAAACUUGUGAAUCAACCCGAUCUGUUAAACAAUGAGAUCAGAAUAUUAAAAAAAUUGGGUCAAAUUUCUGGUAUUAUAGAGUUGAUCGAUUCGUCCACAAAUGCGAUGUUAUUACAACCACGUGCAGGUGAAUCAUUCAAAGAUAGUCUACAUCAUGUAUCGUCCCUCGUGGAAAUUGUAGAUGCGCUCUAUCGAUGCCACCAAAUCCAUAUAGUACAUGGAGAUGUGCGACUGACCAAUAUUCUUGUGGAUGAAGAAGACCGACUCAUAUUAGUUGAUUUUGGGUGUGGUUCGAUCGUAGGAGAGCAGUGGAAUUACUGUGGUUUAAAAUUACCCUUUCGCUCAUUACGAUUGAUGAAAUCAAAGUCUCCAAUUCUUAUUCAACCUCAAGAUGAUCUCUUUAUGCCCGUUCAAUCACUCUAUCUUCACUUGCAUCAUAAAGAAGUACUUGCGACUAUAAUUGAUCUCAGUGAUCCCUCAGAUGUCCUUGGGUUUUGGGAGAAAGUGUUUUCGGAUGAUCUCUGGGGGAAGAUGCGUGUUUCCU